GAUGGUAGCGCCAACCGCGUUUAUCGGGUCGAACCGUCGGGGAGAAGCGUGGCGCCGAGUGCCGUGUCGUGUUCGUACUCGAACCUCAAAAAGGUACGGUCCCCUCCCCGCGAGCGCAUCCGACGAUCUCGACGUGACACCCCGACGACUCCGACGAGAGAGAGAGAGAGACUAAUCCCGAACUGCGAGCCAGAGGAUGGACGGUCACCGGGCGUCGCGAUUCCUGGCGUUCGCGGCAUCGGCGUGCCUGCUCCUGGCCACGUACACGCCGGGCCACGUAGCCGGCUCGGGGGUGCUGCAGAUACGCGGUAUACCGGUGGCGAAGAACCCGCUGUACCGGCCGGACCGCGACUUCGAGUGCCUGGACGGCAGCCGGCUGAUACCGUUCACCCGGGUGAACGACGACUACUGCGACUGCGGGGACGGCAGCGACGAGCCCGGGACGGCGGCGUGCGCCAACGGCUCCUUCUACUGCGAGAACACCGGCCACCGGCCCGUCUACGUACCGUCGUCCUGGGUGAACGACGGCGUGUGCGACUGCUGCGACACGAGCGACGAGUACGCGACCAAGGUGGAGUGCGUCAACAACUGCAACGAGCUGGGCCGGGAGGCACGUUUGGAGCAGCAGAAGGCGGAGCAGUUGGCGCGGGAGGGUAACAAGCUGCGCCUGGAGCUGGUGGCCAAGGGUAAGACCAUCAGGACGGAGCACCAGUCGCGUCUGGCCAAGCUGCGAACGGACUACACGGAGGCGGAGUUGCUCAAGAAGGAGAAGGAGAUGCUGAAGAGGCAGGCGGAGGAGCUGGAGAGCGUGGCGUUGGAGAAGUACAAGCCCGCCGAGACGGAGCAACCGGCCACCGAGGAGACCGUCGGGGAGGAGGAGGAGGAGGAAUUGAACGUUUCCGAGGCGGAAGAUUAUUUCAAGGUACUCGACUCGGACUCCAGCGAUACGAUAACGCUGGCGGAGCUGCAAACCAGGGCUACGUUUGACAAGGACAGGGACGGCGUUGUGUCGGAGGAGGAGGCGCGGUAUUUCCUCGGCAACAAGAAUGAAGUCACUCUGGAUGAGUUUGUAGAUUUCGCGUGGGCAAACAUAAAGCCUUUCCUGAUGUUGGAGCAAGGUAUGUUUAAACCGGCGACGGAUAAGGAGGAGAUCGACGAGCAGCAGACUACCGAAGACUUGGAUCACGAGAAGGAGGGAGAAAUUCCCGACGGUGAGGAGGAAGAGGUUCCCGAGGAGGAACACGAGAAGGAGCCAGCGGAACCGGAGGUUCAGUACGACGAGGAGACGCAGGCGCUCAUCGACGAGGCUACCAGCACUCGCGAGCGUUUCCAGGAGGCGGAGAAGGCCGUCAACGACCUGCAGUCGGAGAUCAGACAGCUGGAGGAGAAGAUGGAACGCGAUUACGGGCCCGAGGAGGUGUUCGCGUCGCUCGACGACCAGUGCUUCGAGUACACGGAUCUGGAGUACAUUUACAAACUGUGCCUGUACGGCUCGGCGACCCAGAGGCCCAAAUCCGGUGGUAGCAGCGUCAAUCUGGGGAGCUGGAACGAAUGGGUCGGACCGGCCGGCGCCAAGUAUACCAAGAUGAAGUACGACCGGGGCCUCGCUUGCUGGAACGGCCCGACCCGCUCGACGAUCGUCAUCCUGUCGUGCGGCACGGAGAACAAGCUCACGUCGGUGACGGAGCCGAGUCGCUGCGAGUACGCCAUGGAGUUCGCCACGCCGGCGCUCUGCAACCCCAGCGCGGCGGACACCGCCGACAGGCACGACGAACUGUAAAGCUGGAUUUGUUAGUAGUAAAAAUGAAAGCGCGGUUGGGGGGUCGCACAUACAAUGUGAAUGUCAAGCACUUAACGCUCUUACGGUGGACCGCGAGUAUCGGGUUGCAAGGAUCGAUAAAAGAAAUAACGUCGAGAUAAUAAAAUUCAUCUCUCGCAAGUAUUUCGCAACGUAAUCGCGAUUAGUUAUGUAGCAAUCUUUAUUUCAAUGAAUAUCUGUCCUCGGAUUGGGACUCACAAUCGGUACUACCCUUUUUUCUUGUUUCCAAAAUUAGCUAGCAAUCCAUUAUCCGUUAGUACACAAGCGAUAAAGCUUCACAGAGAUUUCGAGACGCUAUCGAUUGUCGUUAUCAAUUUGGUCUUUUAGUAUCGAAACUUUGUACUUUCAAAGAUCAAAUAAGGUCAUCACCGUGGAUAAAAAAACGUUGUCAAAAAGAAGCCUAAUUGUGUGUUAUUUUGACCAAGAAAUCGAUCGCUUUUGUAUCAACAAAUUGUAGAUCUUUCGAAAUCGUUAUGUCUCAUUGACGCAUACAUUGAUCGUGCUAUAUAUUUUACCAACUAUUAUAAUUCGCGCAUAUUAUUGGUCCGCAGUAUUUUGAUAAAAAUCGCGAAAAAGUUUCUCGAUCAAUCUAAUCAUUCUAAUCCGAUACGUGAAUAUAUACCGUUUAAAUGAUAAUAGCUUCGGUACUUUGAAACAAGAUUGACAAUGCAGAGGCGUUCCGUUUCAUGUAUGAUGCACAUGAUGUAUCAUUUUAUCUUUAUGUAAACUGUUUAUCCUUCGGUAAACUAAAAAAUACAUCAUGCACGAAAUGGAACGCACCCUAUGAUAAAAGUAUUCAAGUGUUUCCGCUGAAACGUACCACUAUGUAUGCAAAUUACAACGAUUACGAUCGCAAUCGAUAAAUUCUUCCUUGCAUCCGACGAGUCUCCGCAUAGUAUUGAACGAAGUUCGCUAGUGAUAAAGUAAUUACCUUGAAUCUUAUUCCGUUUCGUGAAACUGCAGAGAGAAAGAGAGAGAAAAACCGUUGUUACUCGCGAAUUCAUUGCCAACGUGUAAAAAAAAAAAACUCACUGUUACAUUCCUCUUUUUGUACACGAAGCGUUUUUACGUGAUCUAAGAAUAAAAUCGAAAUGUAAUAUCACGGCUGACGUAAAAAAAGAAAUUUGAAUGAGAUGUACUUUGUAUCACUUGGUACAUACCUCGUACCGACAAGAGAAAAAAAAAAAGAGUCCGCACCUUUCCCGGGAUUCGAUUAGCCACAUACGUACGUAUAGAGUGUAUAGACUAUGUCCUAAUGUUCCGCAUUAUACACGUUAAGUGUGGGUGAUUUUGUAAUUUUUUAAGGACUGCGCCACGAGGACGGCGCGACACUGUGGGAUGUAAUAAAAAGAGAGAGAGAAAGAAA